UGACAAUCAGUCCGAUUUCAGGAGCUGCUGGAUGGACCACUACGCCGACUUUUAGUCCGUAGAUCGAGUUUUAGAAGCAUGCAUAUCUUCAUCCUCUCUUUGCAACAUUUUCCCCUUUAAACAAAAAAACAAAGAAGAAGCAACAGACAGCAUUCUGCUACCGAAGGAGACGAUUGAAAUCCUUACUUACUUAUAAAAUCCAUUCCAAGGACAUGACAACAACAACAACAAUAUCAUCAUCAUCUCUUUACGCGUAUUGCCAGUAACAGUCAGCAGUGGUGUUGUUCAUUGUUGCAUAAAAUAAUCACUUGUGUUUGUUACUUUCCUGGGAAGAAGAUGAUGAACUGAACAAGAAUAAGUGAAAAACUAAAAAUGUUUCCCAUACGUAUCAAGGAACAAGUGUGAAAAGAAGGACAACAAUUGUCAACUUGUUGGCACAUCAUCAUCAUCAUCGUCGUUGACGUUUGUUUGUGUACAAAAAGCUUUGAGAAAGAGAGAGAAGAAUAAGUUUUAAAACGACUUUUUGUCUUCACCGUGACAUACCAAGUUAAAUUCAAUUAUUCAUCAAAAGUGUUGAACAACAUAUCAAAAAAGAGUGCAAAUCCGAGCGGUCCAAGAAAUUCGAGUGUGUAUCUUUAACCAAAUUGUACCCUAUUCUCAUUUAAGAAAUAGUAAAAGAAAAAAUAUCACCAAUUUUUUUAACGAAAUAUUUACAGUGUUUUCUUAUAAAAUCAAUCAAUUAAUCACACCAUUUUUUUCAUCUCAUCAAGCAAAAACAAACGUACAAAUUCGGAAUAUCGAUACACCCUGUGGACUGAUAAGUACUUAUCGUAAUAUUAACUUUUAAUUUUGAUAUAUACCAAAUUCCUUUUACGGACCACAUCACGGAUACAAAAAAACCAAGAAGUUCAACUUCAUCAACUCAUCAUCCUCACUCAUGUAAUACUUAAUUUUAAUUGAACUAAAUCAACUAGUGUCGCUGUUCGUUAUCUCCUUUCCUCUUAAACCAUUUUCUUCUCCUCGCCUCUCCUCUCCAUCAAAUUAUUCUGUAAUCUUCUUGUAGUAUUUUCUCAUUCACGAUAAAAAUACAGCCUGCUUCUCAAAAUUUAUGAUAACACGACACGAUAAACAUUCCUUGAAGAGGAGACGAGACGACCAAACCGUGCAUAAUCUUAAUCUUCUAUCGUGAAUUGUACAUUACUUUUUUGCCUCUGCUAAAUACGCAAAAUUAAAAAAAUAAACUUUGUGGAAAUUUAUCGCACAACUUCUCACCGGGCGAGGGAACUUUUUUCCGAAAAAAAAAUAACAAGGAGGAAAUAAUUUGUUCAAAUUCUUCUUUCGUCUGGAGCCGUUUAAGCUGAACCUGUACGUCAAAUGCUGAAUUUCUUCGUGGAAAAAAAAUAUUCCGUGUGUGUGAAGCAGGAAUCUUCUUGUGAAAAAAAAUAAACUAACUGACUGAACUUGUGUAGUGUUGUGUGUUGUUGUUUUUGUGGCUAAAAAAACGCUAAAAAAUCUUUUUAAUAAACUGUACAUUGUAAUCUGUGUGUUUGUGUGUAGUAAACAUUGUUCUUGUUAUUGUGCGUGGACUUUUUUUGAACUUUUUUGAACAAAAUUAUACACAAAUUAUACACACGAGAGUUUCUCCAGGCAUCUACAAAUAUACGACAUACACACAUAUCUAUCGUGGACAUACGAUGAAUGCAGCGUUGUCCAUAUUUGACUGAGAUGAGAGAGAGAUUUUGGACGCGCAGCACGAACAACGGAAACGACAAGAAAGCAACGGACGACGAAGGGACGGACGAUUUACUGAAAAGUGUCGCAAUGACGACGAAAAACAAGCAGUCGACGAUUGCCAGGUUGGCCCAACCUGAACCCGACGAUCCGGACGAGGCGUCACCCAUGCUGCCCUCAAAUCCGACCGUGUCACAGAUGUCGACAUCCCCUCCAUCAGUCCCGCUCGUGGUUAAGGUAAAGCCGGAUGGGAGUGGGUCUCACCGCACGGAGGCGGCAGAUCGACCCCACUCGUUCAUCUGGAUUCAGCAACCCUCCACCAGAAAGUGGUGUUGCAACUAUGCUCUCACCAAGUUCCCAAAGAAUGCCAAAACAUCUCUAUUCAUCAUCACGAGUGCGCUGUACUGCAAACUGGCGGUCGUGGUAUGUUUGGCGUUCCUACUUUCGGAAGUCAUCACUCUCAAUGUACCCCUCCACUUCUUUGAGGCAAUUUUCACCUACUUGUACAGCGGGAGCAUUCUGUUUUUCCUCUACGUGUUCUGCUACCUCCUGCACGACACGUCUCAAAAGAAGCGACAGAAGAACAAGGAGGCGGCGAGUGCCCGGGAGGCGAGGACGGAUGAGGAGGUGGCGGCAGACGCGUCCGCGAGCAAGUCGGGCGAAAGAAAGCAAUCUUUCUUGCAGGAGAGUCGUCACAAGGCAAAGUAUGACGUAGCGGGGAGAGAAAGACUUGAUAUCCAGAAUGAGGGGAUGUUGAAGGGGAUCCGGAAGGGGAGUGAGUCGAAGGAUGUGAAUUUGAACGACGGGUCUGGCGAGGCGGGCGGCCCAGCACCGUCGCAAGGACAAGAGAAAGCCACAGCCGAACCCUCCUCGGCUGCAUCCUGUGGGGCAAAGAGUGCUUCUUGUAAACCCAAAACCAGUCAGAGCGAUACUGCUCACGGCUCAUUUUUCCUCAGGAUGGGAACUCUGGCAUUCGGACUCGGUGCCAUGAUUUACAUUGGCCUGGAACUCGGCUCCUUCUUUGAGAUUCCGAUGGGAUCCUCUUGCUACAACAUCCUCCGCGGAGUGAAUCCCCUCCUUCAACUGAUUUUCACGUUCAUGCAAAUGUACUUCAUCUUCAUUAAUGCCAGGCUACGCAUUCAUAAGUUCAAGAUCAUUGCGAGAUUUGGCUUGAUGCACGUUGUCGCCACGAAUCUCUGCGUCUGGUUGAGGAUUUUGGUUCGAGAGUGUCUCAAGGAGAUCACGAAGCAUUACGGCGGCGUCUCGCAGGACUAUAUGAUUCGAGAGGGGAACCGCCUGUUGUAUGCCCGACUAGGAAUUUGGAAUCAAUCCUCCUCCACGACACCAGACCCCAACGGAUACGACAAUGGAUACAACAAUAAUUACGGAUACGGAAAUGUGCCCCGACUCCCAACUCCGCUCCCAUCUUUCACCUCGAAUGGGACCACGACGACGCCACUCCCUCUCAACACGACCUGCGAGAGGACCAUGUACAUGGGGCCUGUCGUCGACGACGCGGCGCCAUACCUCUUCCCCGUCGUAAUUGAGUACAGUUUGAUCGCUGCGGCUGUCGUGUUUGUCAUGUGGAGAAAUAUUGGGCGCAAUAUCCCGGCAAAAACCAAUGGAGAAGAAGGUGACGAAGGUCAACAGGAAUGGGAAGGAGGGGCAGAUUCGUACAGCCGAUAUGCAGCCGGAGGUGAAGGAACUUCUCCCACCGGACCGGUCGACUGUGUCGGAGCGAGCAAAGGUCUCUUCUGUGGACUCCUCCUCCUCGUCACGGCCCUCAUUUGUCUCAUCUUGUUCUUUGUCCUCGUCGAGGGAAAGCAGUUGAAAUGGUUGGCCAUCUAUCUGGCCGACUGUUCUCACGCGGGACUCCUGCUCCUCUCAUUUCUGGCGACACUAAUUGGAUUCAUCAGAGUGAGACGUCUCAGAUUUCAUGGCGAUCAUGGAAGUCCAUUGAGAGAUUUGCUCCUCCGAGUCUCCAUCCUUGGCGUGUUUGCAUACGCCCUGUUCAGCUUGAUCUCUGGAACUGUUGUCGGACUCUCAUUGGACAUCCCAUCACUCCUCGUGGCUGGAACAUCGGGCCUCGUUCUCCUGCAGAUCAUCUUGCAAAUGCUCUUCAUCUCUGACGUCGGGCGACGAAGGAUCAACCUCCCCGAACAUUCCAGAACCAAGCCAGGCCGCCAGAUAGUGACGCUCUUGAUGAUAACCAACUUGACAAUGUGGGUGAUUAUGACUCUUGAAAUCCGAAAAGUGGAAAAGGACCCGAUCCAACUCUACUUUUUUGGAACCAUUCCGUGGAUUCUAGUCCAAAGGUUUUCUCUCCCACUCUACAUCUUUCACAGAUUCUUCUCCGCCGUCACCUUGGCAGAAAUUUGGAAAAAUUCCUACACUUUAAAAUACAUCCCAGUGGCCACCGGCCCGUAAACUCUUUUUUCUUUGUCUCACGAGGUUUCGAGAGGAGGAGGAGGAAUGAAUGAUGUUAAAAACGAAUGAAAAUGGUGCAUGCAAAACUAAAAAUUAUUGGCCUCUGCAUAUUUACAAGAGAGGAAAUCAAAGAAAAACAUGUCCGUUUUUCAAAACACACGAGCAGCACCUGAAAAAUCAGAACCAAAACUAACCAACAAAAAAGAUGCUCACGUAGAUUUCAGACACGACGACGAGUUAGAGUUAGACUUGCUUUAGUAGAGAGCUUUAUAAUUGUUGUUGAUAAUAAUGAAGGAAGGUUAUGUCCACAAGAAGGAUAAGCUAGAGUACGUACUUAACUUGUACAUUGUUGAGGAGGACUUCAUUAACUAACACUAUUUAAAUUAGUAGCGAGUGAGUACAUACAUAAAUACCAGAGCAAAACGUAGCGCUGCUUCCCGUUGUUGUUGUUGCAUAUAAUAGUUUACGUACAUAAAUAAAUGGUCUCAAAUCUAAAAAGCCCGUACGAGUCAGUAGGAGUAGUAGUGGGGGUGGUCCUGGUGGUGGAGGUGGAAAGAGGAACAGAAAUCAGAAUCGUCUUAUUUACCCCCUCAAAAAAAGACGUACAAAGAUAAGUACAUACGUAGGAGAGAAAGUCGUAAAGCAUCUCGGGUCACGAUAAGCUCCUCGUUUCUUUCUUGGCACUAAAUAAGAUAAAAACAUGUAAACCAGCAGCUUCGUAUUAUGCUCAUCAGUCGGAUUUCGUAGUAAGGUGUACCCUCAAGCACUAAAAUAGUAUGCGACAUGCAGGACCAGAUAGGGUGGCGUGGCGUCAUGGCGUGGCGUCAGGCGUGGGGAAAAUGCUUUCCUUGCUGCUGCUACUGCUCAGCUACUUACUUUUACAUAUUACUAACCAAUUUAAACCGUGAGACAUUUUUUCCCUGAGCGAGAAAUUUUGAAGAAAUUACACAAAAGUUACAUCAGAACGAAUGUGAAAAUAUUUCUUUCUCAAAAACCUCGUGUGACUCACUCACCACUUGGACUUGAGUUGUGAUAGCACUUUAUUCAUUUUAGUAGACUACUUGGUAGGAUGAAAUUUCUGAAAAAAAUCCCCCCUCCCCCCCAAAAAAAAGAAAGUGCACGAUAUACGAUAUGUAUUUAGUACGUAGCAAAGUCAUCAGCCAGCUCACUGCCAAUCCCCUUUUUAAAUGUUAGGAAAUCAUCAAAUCAACGUACCACAAAAUACUUGACCAAUUCCCAAAAUACACAAUUCUCUCAUGCAGAUCAAUCAAAAUCAAAGUUUCCCCAGGGGAAAAUACCCAGAGUGAACCCCCCAAAAAAUAGAUAACUCAUCUGCGACCACUAUGAUAAAUACGAACCACCACAAGUUUUUUUUUACCACGAGAGAUGCAAACCAAACCGUCAAAUCUAGUCUAGAAUGAGGAGAAGAUAAGAAGAAGAAUACGUAAAUUCUGCUUUGACAAGUAUUAUAUUUUACCCGUAUUUGAUAUUAUUUAUGUUAAUGCAAGGUAUAGCAGAGUAGAAAUAUUUGCAAAUUUUUCAAAGUUGGCUGUGAAAAAGGUUGUAUGUUUUUUUAAAAUGUUUGGAAAUUCAGUCACCAUCAGAAUUUCAAAAAGAGGAAAUUUUAACGUAUGUAUGCAUGCUUUUUUAUACACUCGGUCGGACCCAUGUUAAAUUUUGGAAAACAAAAUUCAAUAAUUUUCCGUCUUCUUAUAUAAUUCAACUAAUCGGUCUAUCGAUAUAUACAUAUUUGAAAAAAACGAAAGUUGUGAAUCUUUUUUUAAAAGAAACAAUUAUUUCUAGCUUAUCCAUCAUGAUAAGCCCACUACUCGUACUCUCAUACAUACAUAAAUAUGUACAUACAUGAACGAUGACGAUAAGGCUAUUUUACGUCCUUGCCAUGCCACACACAGCGAAAUGCAGACUUUGUGUACGUGUUUCUCUCAAUAAUCAUGAUAAGAUGUCUUUCGAAACUUUCCAUCUAUAUUUAGUAGAAAAACGCUCUCUUCUUCAUAAAAAUAUGUUCAUCGCGUCGUCAUCAUUGUACAAAAAAACGAAAAUUUUCGAGCAGUAUACAACAAAAUGAAACUUUCCGUUCGGUAUUUACGUCUUUUAGAAAUUUUUUAAAAAAACUUAGGGUCUCAUUUUCCCCGUCUCAAAAAAAUGAGAUACUGCUUUUAAUACCUUUAUGCAAAUAUAAACUGCCUCAUGAUUUACUAGCUCGGCUCGGCCAAUAAAGUCUCAAAAUCGUUUAACAGCAUUUGCCAAAAUAAUUGAAACUUGUGCAACUUUGUUCAAAAAUUCCUCAAAGAAAAAAGUUUUUUGGAUAAGAAAAAACAGCAAAUAAAAGUACAAACCCUUUCAAUGUAUGUAAUCUACAUACAAAAAAAUGAAACAAAACAGCGGAAAUUUAACAAAAACGGGAAAUUCUCAUCAUUCUGAAAUUCAAUUUUCAACGAAAAAACUAUAACUAUCCAAAAAUAUGUAUGAAACUAAAAAAAACUCUGCCAACCAACCAUCUACUUUACAUAAUUUGCAAAAUAAUAAUUUUCUUUUUCACUACUUAUUAAAUUGCUUGCUCAGUCGGAAUAUGUAAGUCUGUCGAGGAUGGAAGAAGAAGAAAAUGUGAGAGUAUGUAAAUCCAUAGGAAGUAAAUACGUCGGUGGUGAUGUUAAAACCCUAAUUAAAAAAUGUAACUAAAAUUAGUUAGAUGAGGACACUUUUUACGGAUAUUUUUCAGACCUCCUUUCUGAAUUCCGUGUAAAAAUCUAAGAUGCAUACAUUCUUACCAAGUAAAAAAUGGUUCUUUAAACUACAAAAUUUAGACGAAAUGAUGGUCAUGAUUACGGGCUAAAACUUAAAAUUAAAAAUAACUAUUCAUUCAUUCAUGGAUUGAUUGAUUGAUAUGAAAAGAUGACAGUGUGUUAAUUGUAUAAAAAAAUAAAGCGAAAUUUUGAAAUAGCGUCGCGUCGUUCUUUGUUCUGGAAACUUGUAAAAAAAAGAUAAGAAAUAUGUUCCUCCGCUUGUAUUACGUAAAAAAUUUCUACUUCUACGCUAAAAAAAA